AUGUCUGCCACUCAGACAAUCAUUCGGCCCACCCAGCCUGAUAUUCAGUACCAACCGGACAGGGCGAAGUACGAGGCCCGCACCAAGUAUCGCAAGGAAAACGAAGAGCUCCAAACAACGCUGCCUGCCGGAUUUCCGGAGAAGCUAGUCUCCCCGCUCGUCUGGGAAGGCGAAGAGAUCGAGAAACGAGACGACUGGGCUUACAAGCUGAGCGAUGCUCAGUUGGAUGAGCUUGAUACUGCUUUGAAGAGCUUCAAAGCUUUGGGCAAGCCCUUGGGGUACAUCACACAGUCUACCUUUCCCCUGCCGACCCUGCAUCCAGUACUAAGAGAGCUAUCAAAGGAAAUCCAUAAUGGACGUGGGUUCGUUGUCAUCUGGGGUUUGCGUAUCGAUAAUUACUCUCGGGAAGACAAUAUCGCAAUUUACACUGGGCUGUCAUCCCAUAUCGGAAGUAUCCGAGGACGCCAGCAAGAUACAAGACUCCAAAAUGGCACUUCUCCUGUGAUAUCUCACAUCAAAGACAUUACAAAUACUGUGCACAGAGACCUGAUCGGCGCUCCAUCUAACACGCCAGACAAGCAGGUCUUCCAUACCGAUGCUGGCGACAUCAUUUCACUGCUCUGCUUGAACACCGCAGCAGAAGCAGGCGAGAGCUACUUGUCAAGCAGCUGGACUGUGUAUAACAUUCUUGCCAAGGAACGGCCCGAUCUGAUUCAUACAUUGUCUCAAGACUGGCCUGUAGAUGGGUUCGGUAACCCUGAGAACCCAUAUACUCUCCGGCCACUGCUAUAUCACCAACCAGCCACGGAAAAUAAACCAGAGCGUGUCCUGAUUCAAUAUGCUCGGAGAUAUUUCACAGGUUUCCUUGCACGGCCGAGAUCCGACGGCAUACCGCCUAUCUCAGAAGCGCAAGCUGAGGCAUUGGAUGCCUUGCAUUUCCUGGCCGAAGAGCACCGGGCUUCCCUUGGCUUCCGAAAGGGAGAUAUCCAAUACGUGAAUAACCUGAGCAUUUUUCAUGCGCGGAAUGGCUUCAGGGAUGGGCCUGGCAAAGAACGACACCUUGUGCGAAUUUGGCUGCGCGAUCCUGAAAACGCAUGGGAGACUCCGAAGCAACUUCAACCUCGCUGGGAUACUGUCUAUAAGAAUUUCACCGCGGACGAGCAAGAGUUCCCUUUGGAGCCAACCAUCAGGAAGAAUCUCGGGGGCUGA